UCACCGAGAAGUGUGAGUGCGGCUCCGCGGAGAGAGCGGUUGCAAUGAUAAAAGCCGCAUAUGCGGUAGGCUACACACCUAUCAGGCAGGAAAAUACCCACGAAACACCCUGAACCCGGUUCUCCUCGCAUCACCACCGUAUCCAAGACCCACAGCGGAACACGAAGUGCCUGUAGAACGAGCCAUGUCCAAGCCAACGGGGGGAGGCAUCAACGAUGUCACCCACUACCUUACGUCGGGGGCGCCACUGCCGGGGUCUCCCACCUCCAAGCCCACGUUCACCGCCGCCAGCCAGGCCGACUGGGCGGCUAAGAGGCUGGUGUGGGUGCCGUCAGAGAAGCACGGCUUUGAGUCGGCAAGUAUUCGGGAGGAGCGCGGCGAUGAGGUGGAGGUGGAGCUGACUGACAGCCAGAGGAAGUUGACUCUGUCCAGAGAGGAGGUGCAGCGCAUGAACCCCCCGCGCUUCAGCAAAGUGGAGGACAUGGCCGACCUCACCUGCCUCAACGAAGCCUCGGUGCUGCACAACCUGAGAGAGAGAUACUACUCGGGCUUGAUCUACACAUAUUCAGGGCUGUUCUGCGUGGUGGUGAACCCUUACAAGAACCUGCCCAUCUACACCGAGGCCAUUGUGGAGAUGUACCGGGGCAAAAAACGCCACGAGAUGCCCCCCCACAUCUACGCCAUAUCAGAGGCCGCCUAUCGCAGCAUGCUACAAGACAGAGAAGACCAGGCGAUCCUCUGCACAGGUGAAUCUGGAGCUGGGAAAACGGAGAACACUAAGAAAGUCAUCCAGUAUUUGGCCCAUGUGGCAUCCUCCCAUAAGGGGGGCACGCUGGGUAGAAACAAGGAAGCCACACAGAUGGACGGCUCUAAAUCCCUAACGAGAGGCAGUUCUUUGGGGAACAAGAGUAUGCAAUAUGGUGAGCUGGAGAGACAGCUCCUGCAGGCCAACCCCAUACUGGAGGCCUUCGGAAACGCAAAGACUGUCAAGAAUGACAACUCCUCCAGAUUUGGUAAAUUCAUACGGAUUAACUUUGAUGUGGCGGGGUACAUUGUGGGUGCCAACAUCGAGACCUACCUCCUUGAAAAAUCCAGGGCCACCCGUCAGGCUAAAGACGAGAGGACGUUCCACAUCUUUUACCAGUUGCUGUGUGGAACUUCAGCCGAGACAAAAGCGGACCUGCUCUUAGGAACCGCUGAUGAGUACCGCUUUCUAAGUGGAGGCUCCAUCCCUGUUCCUGGUCAGAGCGAUUCAGAAAACUUCACCCAGACCAUGGACUCCAUGGUUAUAAUGGGCUUCACCCCAGAGGAGUCGCUGUCCAUGCUCAAGGUGAUGUCUGCUGUGCUCCAGCUGGGGAACAUUUCCUUCAUGAAGGAGAAGAAUCAUGACCAGGCCUCAAUGCCUGAUAACACAGCUGCUCAGAAACUGUGCCACCUGCUGGGCAUCAACGUGCUGGAGUUCACGCGGGCCAUCCUCACUCCUAGAAUCAAAGUGGGUCGAGAGUAUGUGCAGAAGGCCCAGACGAAAGAACAGGCGGAUUUUGCCGUGGAGGCCCUGGCUAAGGCCACAUAUGAGCGUCUGUUCAGAUGGCUGGUCCACCGGAUCAACAGAGCUCUGGACCGCAGACAGAGACAGGGAGCCUCCUUUAUAGGCAUUCUUGAUAUUGCUGGAUUUGAGAUCUUCCAGCUGAACUCCUUUGAGCAGCUGUGUAUCAACUACACAAACGAAAAGUUGCAGCAGCUCUUCAACCACACCAUGUUCAUCCUGGAGCAGGAGGAGUACCAGCGGGAGGGCAUAGAAUGGAACUUCAUCGACUUUGGCCUUGACUUGCAGCCCUGCAUUGACCUCAUCGAGAGACCAGCCGGACCGCCUGGUGUCCUCGCCCUUUUGGACGAAGAGUGUUGGUUCCCGCGGGCGACGGACCGCUCGUUUGUGGAGAAGGUGUCCUCCGAACAAGGCAGCCAUCCAAAAUUCUUCAAACCAAAGCAGCCGCGUGGGGAAGCUGACUUCGCCAUCAUUCAUUACGCUGGCAAGGUGGACUACAAGGCACACGAUUGGUUAGUGAAGAACAUGGACCCUCUCAAUGACAACGUGGCGUCUCUUCUCCACCAGUCGUCUGAUCAUUUUGUCUCAGAGCUUUGGAAGGAGGAUAUUCAAACUCUUCCUCGCGUGUACUUCUUUGACUCGUAUGCCACAAUACAGGCUAAUGGCUCUGACAUGGACAGGAUUGUGGGUCUGGACCAGGUGUCGUCGGGGGAGAAUAGUGGGCCACUCCCGUUUGGAGCGUCAGGGCUGAAGACGAAGAAGGGAAUGUUCAGGACCGUUGGUCAGCUUUACAAGGAGUCGCUCACAAAGCUGAUGGCCACGCUGAGGAACACUAACCCCAACUUCCUGCGCUGCAUCAUCCCCAACCACGAGAAGAAGUCUGGUAAGCUGUCUCCCAAUCUGGUUUUGGACCAACUGAGGUGUAAUGGAGUUCUAGAGGGGAUCCGUAUUUGCAGACAAGGCUUCCCUAACCGCAUCCCAUUCCAGGAGUUCAGACAGAGAUACGAGAUCCUGACUCCGAAUGCGAUUCCUCGCACCUUCAUGGAUGGCAAACAGGCGUCAGAACUCAUGAUCAGAGCUUUGGAACUGGAUCUCAACCUGUUCCGCGUGGGUCAGAGCAAAGUCUUUUUCCGAGCUGGAGUCCUGGCUCAUCUGGAAGAAGAAAGAGACCUGAAGAUCACCGACACCAUCAUACGCUUUCAGAGCGCCUCGAGAGGCUACCUCGCUCGAAAAUCCUUCCUGAAGAAGCAGCAGCAGAUGAGCGCUCUGAGGGUCAUGCAGAGGAACUGCGCUGCUUACCUCAAACUCAGGAACUGGCAGUGGUGGCGGCUGUUCACCAAGGUGAAGCCCCUGCUGCAAGUGACCCGCCAAGACGAGGAGAUCCAGGUUAGAGAGACGGAGCUCCAGAAGGCCAAGGACAACCUUACCCGAGUGGAGCAGGACUACACGGAGCUCGAUAAGAAACACGCUCAGCUGAUAGAGGAGAAGUCGGUGCUGGCUGACCAGCUGCAGGCGGAGGCCGAGCUGUUCGCGGAGGCAGAGGAGAUGAGGGCCAGUUUGGCCAACCGGAAACAGGAGCUAGAGGAGGUGCUGGGUGAGAUGGAGAUUCGUUUGCUGGAAGAGGAGGAGAGAGGCGUGCAGUUCGCCAUUGAGAAGAAGAGGAUGCAGCAGAAUAUACAGGACCUGGAGGAACAGUUAGAGGAGGAGGAAAGUUCCCGGCAGCGCCUCCUGCUGGAAAAGGUUUCCUUGGAGACCAGAGUGAAAAGUCUUGAGUCCGACUCGAUGAAUGUAGGAGACCACAGAGACCGACUCAGCAAGGAGAAGAAACAGUUGGAGGAACGUCUGAGCGAAGUGACAGAUCAGCUCACCGAGGAAGAGGAGAAAACCAAAAGUCUGAACAAACUCAAGAACAAACAGGAGGCUGUGAUCGCUGACCUCGAGGAGCGCCUAAAGCGUGAGGAGCAGGGGCGCUUGGAGCAGGAGAAGUGGAGGAGGAAGAUGGAGAACGACUCGGUGGACGCCCAGGAGCAGCUGUCAGACAUGGGCAUGCUGUGUGCCGAGCUGAGGGGCAGUCUGGCUCAGAAAGAGAAGGAAAUUACCACCCUUCAGGGCCGGUUGGAGGAAGAAGGAGCACGUCGCACAGAAGCUCAGAGAGCACUGAGGGAGGCCAUGUCACAAGUAUCUGAGCUAAAGGAGGAAGUGGACAACGAGCGACAGAUGAGGGAAAGGGCAGAGAAACAGCGGCGAGACCUUGGGGAGGAACUGGAGGCUCUAAAAACUGAGCUGGAGGACACUCUGGACACCACAGCUGCGCAGCAGGAGCUAAGGUCGCGUCGGGAAACGGAGUUAAAUGAUCUCCAGCGCUGUGUCGAAGAGGAGACUCGCCACCACGAGGCCCAGCUAUCAGAACUCCGAGUCAAACACAGCGCUGCCAUAGACAGCCUCCAGGAACAGCUGGACAAUACCAAGAGAGCACGUCAGUCCCUGGAGAAGGCCAAGGUGGUGCUGGAGGAAGAGAGGCAGAUUUUGAGCGACGAGCUCAAGAGCCUCCAAGCAAGCCGCACGGAGAGUGAGCGAGGCCGCAAGAGAGCCGAGGCUCAGCUGCAGGAGUACAGCGCCAGACUGACCCAGGCUGACAGAGAGCGGGAGGACAAGGAGGAGCGAGUGCACAAGCUACAGUGCGAAAUUGAGAAUCUUUCUGGCAAUUUGUCCUCCAUUGACACCAAAACCCUUCGACUCACUAAAGAGGUCAGCAGCCUGGAGAGCCAGCUGCACGAUGCAAAGGAACUGCUCCAGGAUGAAACUCGUCAAAAGAUGGCUCUGGGUUUGAGGGUGCGAGCGCUGGAGGAGGAGAAGAAUGGACUAAUGGAAAGACUGGAGGACGAGGAGGAGAAAGCAAAAGAGUUUACUCGCCAGAUCCAGACUCAUACCCAGCAGUUGGCAGAGCUUCGUAAGCAGUCAGAGGAGGUCAACACUGCGGUGGAAACCGGGGAGGAGACGCGCAGGAAACUCCAGAGAGUGCUUGACAGCGUCCAGCAGAGAGAGCGACAGAAGGAGGAGGAGAAGGAUCGUGUCGAGAGGCAGAGGGAGCGACUGAGGGAAGAGAUAGAGGACAUGACACUUGCCCUGCAGAGAGAGAGACAGAAUUGCACGGCUCUGGAGAAGAGGCAGAAGAAGUUUGACCAGUGUCUGGCGGAGGAGAAGGCAGUGAGCGCCCGGCUGGCGGAGGAGAAGGACAGAGCGGAAGCAGACAGCCGAGAGAAGGAGACAAGAUAUCUGUCUCUUUCUCGAGCCCUGCAGGAGGCCCAGGAUCAGAGGGAAGAGCUAGAGAGGAGCAACAAGCUGCUCCGUCUGGAGAUGGAACAGCUCGUAAACCAGCAGGACGACGUCGGAAAGAGCGUGCACGAGUUGGAACGCACCCGCAGGUCAUUAGAGACAGAAGCCCAGAACCUCCGGGCUCAAACGCAGGAGCUGGAGGAGGAGCUGACGGAGGCGGAGAACUCCAGGCUGAGGCUGGAGGUCACACUGCAGGCGCUCAAGGCUCAAUUCGAGAGGGAGAUCAGCACCAGCGAGGAGAAGGGAGAGGAGAAGAGGAGGGCGCUCAGCAAACAGGUGAAGGAGCUGGAGAUCCAGCUGGAGGAGGAGAGGAGUCAGCGGUCUCAGGCUGUGUCUGCCAAGAAGCAGCUGGAAGCUGAACUGCAGGAAGCCGAGGCCCAGGCGGAGACCGGCAGCCGGGGGAAAGAGGAGGCUGUGAAGCAGCUACGCAGGCUGCAGGGUCAAAUGAAGGAAGCUCUGCGCGAGCUAGAAGAAAGCCGGCUGGCUCGGGAUGAGGUGAUCUCACAGUCGAAAGACAACGAAAAGAAGAUCCAAACUCUGGAGGCGGAAGUCUUGCACUUCACUGAGGAGCUUGCUGUAUCAGAGCGGCAGAGGAGACAGAUUCAGCAGGAGAGAGACGAGAUGGCCGAUGAGAUGGUCAACAGCAGCUCUGGAAAGACCGCGAUAUUUGAAGAAAAGAGGAGGUUGGAGGCACGCGUCACUCAGCUGGAGGAGGAGCUGGAGGAAGAGCAGAGUAACUCUGAACUGCUGGCGGAAAGACAAAGGAAGACUGCUUCACAGGUGGAGACUCUGGCCGUGCAGCUGCAGGGGGAGAGGACUUUGGCCCAAAAGGCCGAGGCAGCCCGGGAGCAUUUGGAGAGACAGAACAAGGAUCUGAAGACCCGACUGGCAGAGCUGGAGGGAGCAGUAAGGGGCAAGCACAAGCUCAGCGUCGCCGCCCUGGAGGCCAAGAUCGAGUCGAUGGACGAGCUGGUGGAACAGGAGAGACAGGAACGAGCCAUUGCCAACAAACUGAUGCGGAAGACGGAGAAGAAACUGAAGGAAGUGAUGAUGCAGGCAGAAGACGAGAGGAGACACGCAGACCAGUACAGAGAACAGCUGGAUAAAUCUAUGGUCCGCCUGAAGCAGCUGAAGAGGCAACUGGAGGAGGUGGAGGAGGACAACUCUCGCUCCAACGCCCAGAAGAGGAAGCUGCAGAGAGAGAUGGAGGAGCUCACCGACAGCUGUCAGAGCAUGACAAGAGAGAUCACCACUCUCCGCAGCCAGCUCAGCAUCCCUGAAUGGAAGGCAGAUCAGCGUGCUCCGUUGCCGCUGGCGAUGCGUGGACGCAGAGCGCUGGUCGACGACUUCUCUUUGGAGAACUCUGACUCUGAGGAGCCGCCCGCCUCGCCGACCCCUUCCUCUGGACUCCCAGGGACCCCGACUCCCUCCUCCGAGCACAGCCUGGACCCCCCGCCGCCCUACAGCGUCAACCACACAGAGUGACGCACACACAGACCCGGUUUACAAACAUCCCGCACACACACAAAUACACACGGAGCCACACACGCAGACAUCGGCCUCUCACAGCCGCCACUGUUCAGGGGUGAAGGUGCAACACGCACAUAACACUGUAGUUUAUAGAAGUAAAUUUGAGAUGAAUUCAUCAGGCGCUAUAACUGCAAAACGACCUCACUGAAAAAUCAGAAAAGUGUAAAAAAUUAGAUUUUUCAAAGAGGAAACUGGAUUUCAUUUUAAUUUUGUAACCAACUGUGACAUGAAAAAUGACAUUACAGAGACUGGAGAUUUCUACGACACAUCUCUGCGAUGCAUUUCUGAUAAACUAAACUACAUUUCCCUGAGUUCUGGGGUGAAUGUGUAUUACUAUCAACACAUUUCAGGAUGCUGUACGGUAAUUAGAGGGAAGAAAACAAUGUGGUUGUCACGUCUUUUACAUUAGGAAGUAUUUAAAAGCUAAAGCUAAGCCAUGUUUACCGCUUUGAUGAGGAAUAUAUAAAUAAACUACAGCUUUAUUGCUGUGUAUAUAUUGGUCAUAGGGUGAAAAUAAAUAUUUUCAAUGAGUUAUUGAGACAAUCUGUUAUACAUAAAGUAGUUAACAAGAUAGGUCAAAUACAGACGUGAAACAAUGUGACUCCUCAAAUUUUCAUAAGUCAAAAAAUGAUUUAAAAAAAAAGAAAAGAAAAAAAACCUGGCGUAAUGCUGAAAAAUAUAAAACAUGAGAAAUAGAGGGAAUUUUUGAAUUAGAAUGAGUUGAAUUAGCUAAAGCAGUUAGUAACCAAUAUUUAAUUACACUUUUUAUUGUAAAUGUUCAAUUAGAAACUCGGAAGCAUGAAACUAACUUCCAUAAUAUAUUAUCUGAUUUUCAUAUAAUUUAACCGAAUUGUGGAGAGACAAACAUUUGACCAUAAAAACAGCAUACAUGCAGGAAAACGUUAAAAAAAAAAAAAAUUCUGUAGAUUAGAAAAACGGUAUGUUGUUAGACAAACCAAUUCAUUAGUAUUAGAUAGUUUCUUUAACUAAAAUCUUAACAUAUUGCUUCGGAAAUCUGAAUUUGUAUAAUUUAGAUCCAAUGUGGAGUUAUUGGUUGCUGGUUAUUUUCUGUGCUACUCUGAUCAUUUCUGAACUGGUCAGUCGGUGGUAAAACAUCGAGUCUCGUGGGUAGAUUUGCAUGGAAGAUCUUUCUGUUGGAUAUCUGGUUUUACCGGUUUGUUGCGUGUGUAGAAGAUGAUUGAUUGGCUACUGCAACAUAGCUCUCCUAAAUAACCUGGAGAACUUUAUUAACUCAUCUCUUCAUCCAAAGCAAAAUAAAUCGCAACAAUGGAUUUUUUUUGUUUGUUUCUUGGUUUUUUAGACGAGCAUCUUGUACAUUGUAAUUUUGAUUUUUACUGAUUAUCUGUGUAAAUUAUUGAUCAAACAAAGCUUUUGUGUUUAACCAAAUGGUGGGCGUAUGGAUGAGAAAAAGGGACUUAAACAAGUAGUAAACGUAGAGUAGCCGUCGAAUAGAAGACAGGAGUAGAGCCUCAUUCUCAGAUACUAGUAGUAUUAGAUAAGAAAUUACAGUGGAGGCACUGAAGAAUUAACUUUUACGAGGCGAAUGGGGAAAAAAGCAGAUUUUUCUUUUUUUUCACUCAAGAGAUCAACUCAAAAUGACAUUUGUGUUUGGUGUUAACCAAACGCAAGCAGCUGGAUCACCUUGCUGUGAAAUAGACAAUGUUCUUGAGAAACCUGGUUUCAUGUGUUUUUCUUUUGGUAAUGCAUCUCCAUGUUGCUCAGCAUCUUUUAUUUAUUGUUUAUCAAUUAAUGGGUCUUUUUUUAUAUAUGUUGUUCAUGACCUUCAGCACCUGUUUGCCUGUCAUAUCUUUGAGCCUGUCCAGGAAAUAAAUGUGAUCAGACACAAAUAGCAAUGUUUUAAAGAAGUAGUGAAACAUUUUGGGAGAUAAAUAUGAAGAUGCAGUCGCUUAGCUUAGCAUGAAGCUACUAGCGUCUCUAAAUCUAAUUAACACUCAUACAUAUGUUCAAAAACAAUUACACCACACUAACAAAAGAACUGGCAUUUAACUGCCAGACUAACCAGCAAGAUAAAAUCUUCAGAGACGUUGGUUGUUUUUGUUGCUGUUCAUGCAGAAGCUAGCUGUUCACCCUGGGUUCCAAUCCUUGUGCUAAGCUAAGUCAAUGGUAUACUGCCUGUGUAGCUUCAUAUUUACAAACAUAAGAAUGAUUUGGAUCUUCUCUGCUCAAUAAACAGAAAAGUGUUUUUUUUAAAAAGCCAAUUUCCGAAAUGUGGAACUACCUCUUUAAAUUAGGAGGAAAGUCACCGAGGUUUUAACUAUCAAUUGGAACUAAGGAAAGAUAAAGAUAAAUCACAAAUGUUGCAUUGAAUGUUUUCUUCGUAUUCUGGUGACCUAAUAUAUAAACCAAUAGGAUUAUUGAUCCUGUUAGUGUUUGCCGUUGAUUACGCACAGAACCAGCAGUGGUUUUCGGUAAUCAGGGUUUUCAUCACCGCUGCCUCGUCUUUCUGUUUUAAAUUUACAUGUGUGUAUUUUAAUGAAACAAGCAAUGCAUAUCUAGUAUCUGCAAAACGAGCACAGUAAGCGUUUACAGUGCUCAUGUCCCCGUAUCAUUGCACGUGUUAUUCUUUGUUUUUUCCACGCCAGGUUCACAUUGAGUCACGGUUAGUGACGACUGAAGAAAGAUCAAGAAAGAGUUGUGACUACUGACGAUAUGUAUUUAAAGCUCUCUUAAAGGCUUUUAUUUUUCUGUAUGUUAAAUUUUAUUUGAGCAAAAUGCAAUUUCUUUUAGUUUGUAGCUGUGUUUCAUUUUGUUUUUUUAGAUAUUGUGUAAACGCUGCACUUUACACAUUAACACUGGAGAUUAAAAAAAGAGAGCCAGACAUCUCCGGUACAUCGCGGCUGCUCUGUCAGGUUGUAAUGUGUCUCAAACGGAGCGACAUUAAGCAUUUAAGCCAAAUGAGCAGACGUCACGUGUCACGGCAACACGACCCGUCACUCUGAACUGUUUAAUGUCGCAUUCUCAGAAUGUCGAAUCGACGUUGAAACGUUGCGAGUUUGUUCAUCCCGUCCGUUCGCCUGCAGCAGGAGAUGAGGCAGAGGCUUCUAUGGUGUAACUUCUCACUUUUUGUUUCUUUUUGGCUACUGUUGCACUGGAAAGGUUUUGAAAAAAACAAAACGUUUAUUGUUUUAGCCUCUUUUUGUUUUGAAUGAUGCUGUAAUUAUAAAACAUCUGACUGGGGUUGACUUUAAUAUAUGUCGUUGGUUUUGA